UCAAUUUCACACCAAUUAAAACGAAAAUAAAUACAAACACUAACUGAUUCUGCAUUAAUUAACAUCGAAACAUCUAUAAAAAGUUAUUUUUAAGUCUCACCAAAUUUUUAAAUGGCGUCGUAGCAAGUUCUUCGAAGUUUCGCUGAAGUUAUCUUUGGACUUUAGUUUAUCUCUUAUUUCAGUGCAUUAUCUACCCCCGAAACGAUUUAGAUCCGUUUCCUUGACCGGUUAGUUACUGGUUAUCUAGGCAAGUGGGAAAGUAUGGCUUUGGUAAAUUAUUUAAACCCGUUUAGGGUUUUUAGAGACUUUGUGCGUACUCCGGUAGAAGUGUUCGUUUUGCGACAGUAUUUGGGGUAUAAAAAGAAGACAGAUGAGGGGAUCAGUAGCGCGAAGGAACUGCUCUAUAGAGCGGGGGUGAUCUCAGUUUUUCUGUCGGCAAUAGUGUGGAUAUCUGUGUUUAUGUAUGUUGUGUUUUAUUACACAUAUAUGCCCAACGUUACACAUGUCAGGCCUGUGCAUUUGCAAUUCAAAUCGUGCGAUGAACAGAUGGGGAUAUGUUCGUUCCCAUCGGCCCACGUCCAGCUUACGAAGCGAAGUCACAUGCUGAUGGCUGCUCAGCCUUAUCGCAUCAAACUUAUACUGGAGAUGCCGGAAACACAAAUUAAUAAGGAUUUAGGUAUGUUCAUGGUGUGCACACAAAUGAGAGCAAAGGGCGGAGUCCUCGUAUCGUCUUCGUGCAGAUCGGCAAUGCUCAGGCAUAGGUCCAUCCUGCACCAAAUAAUGCGCACCGUGACGAUGGCGCCACUACUGCUAUCUGGCGUCAACGAGGAGAAACAGCAGUUGCAGGUGGAACUUUUCAGCGAAUUCGAGGAUGAUCAGAACCUGCCAGUGACUGACGCGUACGUCGAGUUACAGUCGCGCCACGCGCAGGUGUAUGCCAGUGAGUUGCACAUACAAGCGCACUUUACUGGACUCCGCUAUCUCAUGUUCCACUGGCCCAAGCUGUCUGCGGUUGUUGGAAUAAGUUCAAAUCUUUUCGUGGUGUCCAUGAUCUUCAUCUUGAGCUGGUAUCAUCUGCAGGAUGGACUGCCAGACUUCGUCAAGGGCAAACUCGGUCAUACAAUAAAGACAGAAGAUGGCGGAGACGAUAAGAAAAAAUUUGGAUUCGAGGGAAAAGUCAAACUUGAGAGAGAAGAUUCUUCUCAGUUCUUCGACGACGAGAGCUUGUUGGAAGAGCUGCAGCAAAUCGAAGAACCGAAGAAGGACGCGUAAAUUCUUCUUAGUCUACGGAACUUUGAACCUUACUCACUCGCAAUAAAGUUCAUCAUAUUAUGUUACGUUUCUGUGCAACUGCUAUACAUUUUUAGAAUACUACCACUAUACCUAAAGGUGUUAAUGGCAGAGCAGAACAGUCAAGCAGCAUCAAGCAAAUCUAGGCCCAAAUGCCGUCAAUAUAAGAUUCAUUAUUUAGUGACCCAAGGCGAAUAACUUGGGUGGAUAGUCUGUUUUAUUUACUAGUACUUAAAAAACUGACUUUAUUCUACUUAAAUAUGGGCAGUGAGAAAUUAAUAUCUAUUGGGUGUCAAUUCUGUGGAUUUAAAUGUUUAGGGACGAUUCUGCAUCUAGAAAUUAAAAAGCUAUUAGCUAGCUCAAAAUAACGAAUUUGACAUUGUUUCUAUUUUAUUUUCAAUUCGCUUAUGAAAAUUAAAUCUAAAAUAAGAUUACAGAUUAGUUUUCAAAACGAGAGAUUUUGUUAUACAGCCCUUUUUCACUUGUGCCUUAUUCAACAUUCCAUGACGUCAUAAUUUAUUUGUUACUUUUAUUUUAAUUUCAUGUGGUUUUGUUUUAUUUAUUUUACCUAUAAGUUGUUAUUUUUAGGGUUCCGUACUUAAAAUAGAAAGAAAAGAAUGCGUCUGUAUAAAUAUUUUUUUCAAAUCGAUAACACCAUACGUGUUA